AACGAAAAAUAAAAUUUCUCCUACGUGAAACUAAAGUAUGCAACUUGACUUAGAUGAACUUAGCGUAGCUAAAGUGACCAUGAAAGAUUCUAAAGAAUCACCUUUGCCGUAUGAGAGUAUAAUACCCACAUUUUAUAAUCUGUGCUAACUGUAGCUGAUAUCUGCAGUUGUACAGAAUAAUAAGUAAUUCAAGAUAAGUACCAAAGAAAAAUUUUUAUAUCUGAGUGUAGAGAGUAGAUUUCCGGUUAUUAGUAACAUUUAUUUACGUACCAACGAAUAAGAAUGAAGUCAUUGCUGAUAUGAGUAUCAGCUCUCGAAUUCAUGCUCGUGAUGUGAUAUUAUUAUAUGACAUCCAUGCCCUGUUUUCCCAAGCGUCUUGUUUUUGAAGCUGUUCCAAACCAUUUAACAUAUACAAGACAUUGUUCAUUUCUCUACACUUGUUAUUGUCAGUUCUCAAAUAUGAGUAGGACUGGUUCACCAUUUGAAGAUGAAGUCUUACAAAAAGAGAAAGAUAAGUUUCUGUCUAUGCCACUGGAAGAGAAGCGUAAUCUUUACAAGGAUUCCACUUACUACACAUGUGAUAAAAUAGAAACUUGGCAAGAUUAUUUUUUGAAGGCAAAGGAGCGCCUUCAGAAACAGUUUUUUGACACAUCUAGGAACAAAGGGCCUGGAAAUUUCUAUUCUGUGGAUCCUGAGUUAAACAAAAAGGUGUCAUUAUGGCAAGGAAAUAUUACCCAUUUGGAAAUUGAUGCUAUAGUGAAUGCAGCUAAUUCAAGGUUGCGUGGAGGUGGGGGAGUGGAUGGUGCUAUUCACUCUGCAGCUGGUCCCUCGCUGAAGGCUGAAUGUGCUACUUUGGGUGGAUGUGAUGUUGGCAAUGCUAAAAUUACAGGAGGAUAUUGCCUGCCUGCAAAACAUGUAAUUCACACCGUUGGACCUCAGGGUGAAAAUUCGGAGAAGCUGGAGUCUUGCUACAGGACUUGUCUCCGGGUACUCGUUAGGAAGCAGCUGCGCAGUGCGGCAUUUCCUUGUAUAUCAACAGGAAUUUAUGGUUACCCUCAAGAAGCUGCUGCCCAUGUUGCUUUGAAAACAGUGAGAAAUUUCCUGGAAGAAAAUCCAAGUUUGAUUGAUCGAGUUAUCUUCUGCCUGUUCUUAAAAGAAGAUGUGAAGACUUACGAGAACUUAAUGCAAGUGUAUUUCCCUGUAGAGAAUACAAAAACCAAUUUGUGAUAACGGGAGUAAAUAUGCCAGUUGUAUUAAGUUGUGGCUGCAGUGUUUGCUCUGAUUUCAGCUUUAUUUUCUUUCUUUUUAUAAAAUUCAAUACAGAUGCCAUUACAAGAAGCUGGCAGACUAUAAAUUCAGCACUCACGUUCAUAUUAAAUGUUAGUCAGUUUUUACAAAGAACUGUUAAAAGCUGUACAUAAAAGGUUGUAGGUGGGUGAAAAUGUUAUUCAUAAAGUAACAUAAUACAACAUAUUCUAAGAUGAUAAUUUUCUGUGAUAACCCUGUGUUACUUUUCAUAACUAUUGAAGAUCUUUUUCAGAUCAUAUGGUGAUUAAAUUUGUGCAUUUGUGUUGGAUUUGUGGUCAGAAUAUCGAGAAUUUGAGAUUCCAGUCUGUGCAUUAUCAUCUUGUCGUGUUUUCUGAAGUAUAAAGGAAUAAAAGAAAAUUUGAUUUACUGUCGCUA